UGCCGGGUAUUAAUGUUUAGCAUGGACCAAGCAUGAAGUAAAAAUCAAAAGGAAGAAUUGCUUCUUCCUAUGGAUUAUAUUAUACACACAAGUCGUGGCCAUAUUCGAGACUUACACUUAACUGCUAUGGAAUAAGAGUUUCAUGAGAAAGUAAAACGGAAUAAAUUGAACUAUAUAGACGAAAAGUAUCUUCUUCAAACAAUACAAUAUGAACCUAUCUCAAUACCUAGUGGCGGUUUUUGUCGUGCAGACAGUUCGCUGCAACACGAUUGGAGGGAUUCACUCCCCGAGAUUUACAGAUGAAAAAGAAAAUAAAAACUCAAAAAUCGGAGUACACUCAAACGGAGAUAACACGCCAAAAGAAAAUGGAUUGAUUACUUAUGACCUCACACAUCAUCCUAGCAAUGAAAUUAUGACGCCAUCAGAUUUGCUUCAUAUGAUUAUGACGUCAUCAGACUCGUCUUCCUCAUUAAUUAGAGUGAGAAGGGGUUCCAGCAGCAAAUCACCAAGAAAAAAGAAAUGCGACCCUGACGACAAAGAAUGCAAGAAAAGUAGAAGAAAGGGGAAAAGGAAAGGCGGGAAACGAGGAGAAAAGGGAAAGAAAGGAAGAAGAAAGAAAAAAUGCAAGAAAGGCGGAAAGAAAGGAAAACGUCGAUGCACUGAUAAAGGGAAAGGAAGAAAUUCACCGAAACCACCCCCCAUUAACGCAAAAACAAAUCUAACUUUUGUUCCAGGAACACCUGGUUCCGACUUACGCCAGCAAUGCAUCCGUACUUUGGAUUGUCCAGAAGGCUACUGUUGCGCUCGUCUUCAUUGGGAAAGGGUCUGCAAACCCUACGUCAAACUUGGCGAAGUUUGUACUCGCCCUCGACGCAAAAGUCGGAGAAGCAUGGAGCACUAUCAGCGAUGUCCUUGCGAAGAUCAUCUCGCUUGCAGACGGGAACCAGGCGAAACAGAAGGCAAGAAAAACCAGCUGUUCAAAUGCCACGCAAAAACGUGACCCAUGUGACCAAAAACGCGGGAAAACAGGGUGAACCUACGUCACUUUAUGAUGACGUCACAAUCACGCGAACGGAGAAGGGUCACAUGACACACCAAGUUGAUAGUUUCGAAAUGAAACGAGACUUUCUAUUGGCGGGAUACUAGGAGGACAACUUUGUCACGUCAUAUUAAAAGGCGUGGGACGUUUGUUACGUCAAACAAUAUGAUUCGGCGCGUAAAAUUACCUUUUUCAUAAAUAUACUUCAAUUGUUGUGAUUUUUUUUAAUUUUUUUUCCAUUUUUGUAUCUUUAUCAUUUUUAAGAUUGUUGUAUCAAAAUUGGUUUAUUUGUCGUUUUUUUUUUUGUAUACAAGCAUGGCCCGCAGUUGUGGCUUGUAUCAUAAGCGAAUUAUCUAUAACCGAGCUUGAUCGAUGAUAUCUUACCUAAAUUUUUCGUACCAAACCAAUAAAAUAUUGUGUUCCCAAGUAAAUCAUGUUUCAGAAUUGAUUAUUUUAUCACACUGACAAGGGAGAAUUUUAAAAAAUCCAUUUACCGUCACUUAUCCAAACAAGACCUUCACGAGCAGAAACUUGAACGCAGAGGGAUGAUAUAUUCAGAAGUCCCGAAUCCUUUCAACCUCACAUCAUCCACUCAAUUCAAUUCAACCUGGCGAAGCAUGGAGUUUGUACUGCAUAACUGGCAAUGCCAAAAUCGUUAGUUAAUCAGCGUUUUAAUCACUGGGUCAGUAAUCUUCAAACUUUUACUUCAAACUUUCACUUGGUACCGCCGAAUUUUUUCGUGACCCUCUGGAACCCAAAUAAAAAUGGAGUCAAAUUUAAUUAUACAGAAGAUAUUAGGAAAAAUACCAAUAAAACUGACAAUACUUUUAAUGAAACAACCGUGAAAAUUCUUGCACAAAAGAUCGAAUCUUGUCUCCAUUUCGCUGAUGGUGGGUCUUAGUACUGGUUCCAAAUCAUUCAAAUUUGAUAGAUAUUUCUUUUUAACAUAAGUUGGUGUCGAAUACCUUACUUCACUAAUGUUCCUGAAACACAACCCCGCGACCCCCAUUGAGCCCUUUUGCGACUCACUGGGGGUCGUGACCUCACCAGUUUGAAGAGAUUGAGACGAUAGGUUAUGGGUUGAUUUCCGCUUAUUCAGAUGAAAUUGGUCACAAGAGGAUAAUACAGAUUGUUCACGUAUUAUUUGUGAAUAUGACACUAUAUGAGUUUACUUUCCGUAUGCGGUUACUUUUGCACCUACCUAAUGCCUCGAAUCGUUUUUUUUUUUAUUUGUUUUUAAAAUGAGUAGUUUGCUUUAUAGGGCUCCAUAAGAAUGUCACUACAGUUUCAUCCGAUUUCAUGGCAAUUUUUCGGCUCUAUGGCGCCUUCUACUGGAUUUGUUUUGCAUUUUUCAUCAGCCUGCCUUACGUCUGUUGUAAAUAUUUUAUCUUCGUAACCCAGGGAAACAUGAUAAAAACAUUCAGAAAUUUAACCUUAAUUUUGAAAUGUUCUAUACUCUGAAACUUACUCGUUAUAAUUUCACGGCCGUUGAACUGGUGCCUGAAUAUCUUUCAUAAUAAUUCCCCAUGGAGAAAACAAGGCGUUUAACCUUUGGCCACCAUGUAUUAUAAUAGAAAGGACAUUUUCCAAACCACCGCAUAAGCAUCAAAAUUUGAUAAUUUCCGAUUCUAAAGCGGCGAAAAAAACAGAAAGUUUUAUUUGACGUAUAAUACCUCUCAGAAACUCCAACUGGUACUUCCCUAAAUCUUACUAGAAAAUGUAGGAAUCGGAAGUUUUUGUUCUCCAUUGUUUAUAUUUCAGAAAAUACUUCAAACCGAAACCUAUUGAAACUUAAUAAUCAAACAAAAAGUAUAUCGAUUGACGUAAAAUGGGGCGAAUUUUUAGUAGAUUUCACUUAUUAUUUUCAACAGUAUCCAGUAUUUAAAUAUUUGUGAAAUGUUUUUAAAUUAUUUUCUUUUUUUUUACUAAAUAUCUUUCUUAAUAAUACAUUUUGCCAGUAUGUGUUCAAUCUUUCUUUUUUUAUAUUUUGAAAUAUAUGAAAUAAAAUA